AGUGUACCGACUACCUACCAACAACCCCCUCAAAUCCAGAGACCUCCUCUUGUAGGAUGAAAGUCAGGCUCACACAAAAUUCUUUAAUCCAACAAUGUAGCUAGCCCAUGUGGACAGAUUUACAGAUGUUGCUACAGUGUCUAUACUAAUAAACAUUGACUCUUAGAAUACCGAUGAAGUACCAACAUCCACUCAAAUCCAGAGAUCUCCUGUUGACCACUGAGCCUGUGGUGACUCCUUCCCUCCCCUCAUCUGACAGGAGUGGUGCUGAGUCAGGAGGAGGCGAGGUGUCUUCUGGGAAGCUGCGGGCUGCUGUUCAUGCAGUACAGGCUGUGUUGACUGUUACGGAAAUGGAGGAUGAAGAGAUAAACGAGGACUUGCUGAAGUCAUAUGGUAUGAGUCUGGGUGUCCAAAGCUCUACUGAACAAAUCCAAGAGAGCAAAGAGUGUGGAAAGUGG